AUGGUAUUGAAGAACUCUAAAUGGGACAAAAAGGCAAAAUAUAAAUACUUGAAGAAACAUGGCCUUUUGAAUCAACUGGCUCCUCAAGACACACUGGUCAAACAAAAGUGGUCUUCUAAACGACGAAAUACCAGUAACAGGAUCGGGUCGUUUGCCCUUCAGGACAGUGACCAGGAAAUCGAUAGCGAAUGGGAUUCAGAAGACGAAGCACUUUUGACGUCCUUUUAUCCUGGCUUUAAGGAAGACGAGCUUUCACUCGAACAAAAGAAAAAGCUAAAAAACCAGAUAUUAAAAGAAUUAGUAGAGCGGGAAGUAGACGAGAAUGAUGAGACUAGCUUAACCAACGAAGCUGAUGGUGCUGAAUCUGUUGAAGGUAUUUACUUAGGAAAGGAACCUAAGGAACAAGAUCUCAUAAAUAAUGGGAAAGAAACUCAGCUAGGUGAUUAUAUACUUAAAGAUAACAUAUCAAAGCCACGGUAUAGGCGAAAAAUGUUAAAGAAUAAAAUGACUGAUAACUUUUUGGAAGAGUAUGGAAUUGAAAGCUACGACAAAACCCUUAGUAAAAACUUUAAUUAUGAUGAUAUUCAUAAAAAGAAGCUACGUCAGCGAGCUUUAGACCUGAUACCCACAAACGAACUUAUUGGUUUUAAAGUUGGGGAAUCAUCACUUGAUGAUCUGAUUCUCCAACUCGAAAAAGUCGAACCACGCUCUAUGACUCCAGAAGAAAGGGAAGUUGAGAAAAGAAGACUUCAAUUGGCAAAUGAACAAAAGCUUUUUAGUCAAAUUAAAAAGAAGUUUGGAUCAUUAGAAUGGAAAACUAAUCCAAAGGUCCUAAAUCUUGAUACGAUUGAUAGUAAUGAUGAAAAGCAGCUUGCCAAUUUGAAUUCCAGGAUAAGUCGCACUGUUAAUAAGGUUCCAUCUAAAGAGGAUGAGAGUGAUUUCGAUGGGGAUCUCUCGGAGUUGUUGGAAGGUGAUAAUUUGUCAUGGAAAAAGCUCGAUACUGAAAGCAACAAACAAAAGGCUUUUGACAUCGACGAGAUGUUGUCAACCUUGAGUAUGAUCCAGAAAGACACUUCUGCAUCUCUGAGAGUAACACCAAAUCCAGAGGAUCCUACGCCAGCUUCUGAUGAUCAAGGCUUUCUAGAUGAUCUAUUAGGUUAA